AUGGAGUCGCAUAACCUGCAAGCAGCUUCGACCUAUGUCAACAACAUCUUGCUGGCAAGGGGUUUGCUAAAAGGUGGUCGCGCCAUCGAUUUUGCGGACCCAGAAAACGAAGAUGGAGGAAUUGACGGCACUAUGGCUCGGGUGAUCAAUUUGGUCAACGACUUGGUCUUGAGGCGAGAUCGCGAGGCUGAACACCGCGAGAGCUUGUCUACGACUAUCCGCACGCUACAAGCGAGCGAGGCGGAGCAGACUACGGAGAUUGGAAAACUGAAGACAAAGACAUCCGAGUUAACCCGCUCACUGGCUCUCGCAGAGGCGCAGGAGCGCACACUCAAGUCGAACGUGUCCAGCGCCGAAGCCAGUAUCCGGAGUUUCAAGGAACAAAUACAACGCAUGAAGAGUACAGUCCAGCAGGUCCGAGCACAAUGCGCCAACGAUAUCCGCAAGCGAGAUCUGGAAAUGCAGAAGCUCAAGUCGCAUUUGGCUGAGAGACAAAGAGGCAGGCGGGAGGGUCUGACUGUGACCACAAUCAACAUCAACCCUGCGUCGGACCGAUCGCGCCUUUUGGCUAGUGGUGGAGAACGUGUACAUGAUCCUGGAUACAGCUUGAAGCAGGAGACGACCGAGUUCUUGACGGAGUUGUGCCAGAAUCUCAGCGAUGAAAACGAUACCCUGAUUGAGCUUGCGCGGAAGACGAUUCAUACUUUGAAGGAUUUACAAGGCUUACCGCAGGCUGAGCACGAAAACGGGGAGAAUCAGCAGUCGACUAUGGGUGUGAGUAUGGGAGCACUAAAGUCUUCUUCUGGGCCAGUCACGUCGCUUCCAACCUCGUGUGAAGAACUCUCCACGCACAUGGAAGCUGUACUGGAUCAUCUACGUACACUACUGACCAACCCCUCCUUCGUUCCUCUUGAAGAGGUCGAGGUGAGGGACGAGGAGAUCAAGCGAUUGCGAGACGGCUGGGUGAAGAUGGAAUCGCGGUGGAAGCAAGCAGUUACCAUGAUGAGUGGGUGGCAGCGUCGUCUUGCUGACGGAGGAGACUCUGUUCAAGCGGAUGAAUUGAAGCGUGGCAUGAAACUCGAUCUCAGCAUUAAUUCGCCCGAAGGCUCCAGCAUGCAAAGCGUGCCCGAGGCUGACCCCAUUCCUACGAUCUUGGAGGACCAAGCUGAAGAGCAGGAUACGAGUGAAUCUGAGGACAAAGCCCCAGCGACGAUGUCGAACCCGAAGACAAGAUCCAAGCUUCGCAAAGUACCCGAUCGACCUGAUCGCGCUUUAAGGGAGCGCAGCGAAAACGCCAUGACAAAGCGUCCGCGGAAGGUCUCAUUCACGCCAGGCCUACAAGGUUCGCCAUGCGUGGAAACCACCGACGAGGAACCCUUGCAGAUCAAGGCUUAUAAGGCCGAGACUGUGAGCCGCAGGCCAUCCAGGCGAAAAACCGAAACCCCAGGAACCCAUCAGCUCAAUGCGAAGGAAUCCCUGAGCGUGCACCAAAAGCUAGCCGCGGUCGAAGAUGAAGCUCGCGAAGCUCAAAGCGAACUCAAGGCGCGUGAAUCGCGAAAAAAGAAGCCGACCCGAGAAGGCUGCCAGGCCGAACAGACGUCGGAGUACUCUCACCACGGACGAGCUCGAGGAGCUGAUGCGCACGGCCCGGUGAAAGAUCAAUUGAUACCCACAAAUCUGUACUGCGUCGACAUGAAUUUAAUAAUGGACCUCUUCAUACUCUUUUUCGGAGAUAAGGUGAACCUCGGUAACUUUGUCUUCGGCUUCUCCGCACCAGAUGCCACCCUUAGUUUAUUCGGCAUGAUCGACCACUGA